AUGCGCCCUUCUGCAGCCUGCAACUUGGACCUCCUUUUCCCGAUGGACACAGCAACCCCGCCACCCCUCCAACCCAACAACCCCACAAACCCCACAAUGCCCCCCGACCAAAGAGACCACUUCCACGACAACGAGCUGGACAACGUCGUCCAACCCACCGACACCACCACGGGACAAGCCGUGACUUCGAUGGCGAAGGAAGCGGAGAAGUUGAAGAAGGGGGUUGAGAGGGCGGUUGAGCGGCGGCGGGGGGAGGAGAGGGCGAUGGAGAAGGUGGAAGUGAAGGAGGAGAAGUGA